AUGUCAAUGAGCUGCAGAAGCACUGCUCUUAUCAUCACAUCUUCUCCUACUUCUCUUGCAGCCGCGGCGGAAGUUGCUGUGCCCUGUAGUGAGAUGUUGUUCCUUCUGCCGGCUGGUGCAUCUGCAUCUGGUCCAUCCCCUGCCCCCCCCACCGCUGUUGUGACGCUGCCCCCCCCCCCAGCCAAUACAGUGGUGUAUGACCCCGUGUGGUCAUUUGGAGAGGAACCCGGGGAGAGCUUGGUUCUGGGGACAGUGGCUCUGAGGAGCCCAAUCCAUAGUUCCCCUCCCACGGCACGCCCGAGCCCUGCUCAGAAUGCUGCUGAGUUGAGUCUGCAGGAUCCUGCAGUUCCUUCAUCUUCUCCCUGUGAGAAGGCUCUGAUGCAGCCUCUGACUGGCACUGCUACUUGUCUGCACUGUGUCAAGCAGCUGAAGAAGAAGGGGAUUUUAUGCAUCUGCUUCUUCUCUCACUCUCAUUGUUUCUGUUGCACCUGCAACAAUGACUCCUGUCUCUCUAUGCCCAAGCAGUACAGAGUAAGGAUCUCAGAGCUUCAAGUAUUGACAGAUUCUGUCAAGACUGAGAAGAUCUUUCUUAUUCAUCUGCAAAAGAAGGUGAAAGCAUGA